CAGCCUAGAAUUCCAAUCUUAAUGCAUAACAUAUACUAGUGUACAUCAAUAACUCCAAUAUAAUUUUACAGUAUGACUCAACCCAGAAACAAUAACAGUACGUGGAUAAAAAUUAACCAAUUAGAAUUCAGUUGGCAGAUUAUUGGUCGAUUUGAUAGUUUGGUGGAUUUGACGGGUAUAGAUAGUUUCAUGUGUUUGGCCUAUAGAUCACGAAGAUUAGUUUUUUUAAGUAUAUAUAGCAGUAGUUACUAGGUCGUUGUACCGUUACACAUUUUUUGUGGUACUUGAUUUAAAUUCGACGUAAUUAUGGACAACUACAGGACGGAAAUAAACAUACCGAUUUCAAGAGAUAAGCGAACAUUUGAACAGCGCCGAAAGGAUAUGCUCAGCAAUCUUGAACGUAGUUACAGCAAACAUUCAAGAACAAAUAUCAUCAAGAAUUCAGGUACAGAAACUUCUGUACCCCUUUCUGAAUCGACUACAGUUGGGUCACAUCGUAACGUCAGUGAUUGGGAUGAUGAAGUUAAUCGAUGGAUCAAUGAUACACGUAGCAAGUGGAGUGAAGAUAUGAAACGAAUGCGGCAGUCCAUGUUCGCUUUAGAACCUGUUGAUGAUUUUGAUCUUGAUCAUUGGGGUAAUUUUGAACCGAUUCAUUCAUUGGAUGAUCCAUCAACUAUGAUGGAACAAAUGGAACGUCGAAUGGAAUCAUUACGACAAAAAAUGGGAACUAUGUCUGGUUUUGGUCCAUCGCAUUUUUCUGGUCCUAAUACUUCAAGUAUGCAAACAUCCAGUUCACGUAUCACAUCAUCCACAUCACAUAGUAGUGGUAGUGAUCCAAAAAAUAUGGUAACUAAAAGUAAUGUUGUCGAAUCAACACAACAUACACGUACUGUAGACGGAGAGACAACAACAACUUCAAGUCAUUCAAGUUCAUCGUCUAAUACAUCAGGAUUACCAGGAAGUAAAAUUAAUAUCACUAAUACACCAGGAAGUUUAAUUCAACAAACAAGUAUCCCAUGUGGUAUGAUGGAUUUUCUCAAAGAUGCCUAUGAAUUAGGUGAUGAUGGAAAGGUACAUUUCAAAGUACGAUUUGAUGCAAAAGAUUUUUCACCAGAAGAUAUUGAAGUGACCACAGUUGAUAAUCAUCUUCGAGUUCAUGCUAAAAAAUCAAUUAAAUCUGGUAAUUCAACUAGUGUACGUGAAUUUCAUCGUUCUGUUGAUUUGCCACGUUCAAUUGAUCAUGAACAUUUUCAAUGUCAUUUGACAGAGGAUGGCGUAUUAAUACUGGAUGCACCAGUUAAAGCUCCUGACUAUAAAACGAUCACAUUUCAAGAUGACCGUCAACUUGGCAUCCGACCACGAGCUGAAUCUGAGAUAAAAGCCAAUCCAAAUAGUAAUAAAACACCAGUGUGUUUAACUGUAACUGGUUGUUCUGAACCAACAAUAAUGAAAGAUGGCAUCAAUGGAAGAAAACUACAUCUUGAAGUCACUGUCGAUCCAAUUUAUAAAGCUGAUGAAUUAUGCGUUCGUAUGGAUUCGAAUCGUAUAGUUAUAACUGGUAGUCAAAAGAAAACUGACGCAUCAUCAACGUCUACUGCAGAAUUCACUCAAUCAUUUGAAGUUCCUGAAACAGUAGAUCCAUUUUCAGUUACUGCUCAAUUGAUUGGAACAACACUUGUUGUUGAAGCACCAUUAUUAUGCACAGUUUAAAUUCAAUAGGAAAAACUCAUUUCAUCAUGAACAAUAUGUGUAUGUGUGUGUAUGUGUGUGUGUGUAGGAGAGAUAGAAUAGACUGGGCUCAUUAUGAAAAUUAUGUUUUCGUAAAUGACAUACUACAAUGAAUGUGUAAUUUUUUUCUUGGGGGGAGAUGAAGGGUCGAUUCUUUAAUUUAUAUUUUCUUUUCUUUAUGUAUUAUUGUUGCAUCAUCCCUUUGCUAUUAAAAUCGAUUAUUUUCUACAUGUUCAAUCAUAACUGUCAAUUAUGAGGCUGACGUAGUUUUUUUCACGAGAAAAAUCUGCUCAAUGUUGUCCAUUCUAUGAAAGAUACACAACUGCUUUGUUUAUCUCUGACCUUUUCUUUAUAAUUGUUUAAUUUCUCUCUGUCAGUUUAUGUUUUAUAUCUUCUGUAUUUUUGCUUUGCUACUUCCCAAAGACGAGAUGAACUAGGUAGUCAGUAAUCUUGUUUGUUUAUCAUGAUGAAACUUAAUUAUAUUUAUUUAUUUAUCUACCACAUAUGAUUAACAUUUUCGCAUGCGAUCGUUUGUUUGUUGGUUCGUUCGUUCUUUCUUCAGUGUUACAUCAUUUUAUCAUGUAAAACCAAAUUUUUUUUGCUUAUAUUAUCAUUUUUCUGUGAAUGUGCUUGUAUGCACAGACUCUGGUUACUUUUCAUAAGUAAAAUAAUCAAUGAUAGGCACAAUGAAGAUGGAGGUGACUCUAACCACUGUCGUCAUCAAGACUACCAGCAUCAUCGUCAUCAUUACGACAACAGUCACUAUUGUGACCAUUUGGUUAGCCUAUCCGCAAUGCUUUUUGUUCAAAACUAAAUAAACAUGUUUGAAAAGAUUGAAUUAAUUAUUGCUUUGUUUAACUGUAAUAUUACUCUAAACAGAAUGCAUUAAUUUUGUCAGAUGUAAUCAUCUGAAGCACAGUGUAUAUCAUUUGAGGGAGUUUCGUUAUGUUCGUGAACAGAAUAAUAUAUUUUAACUAGGCUUUCAGAGAUAUUUCCUUUACAAAAAAAUAAAACCCUAAAAUCUGAG